UCCCCAGCCGCUGGUCUCGAUGUGCAAGAGGCAGUUAGUUCAAGAGUUUAAGAAGAAGCCGUUACCUCCUCUCCCUCCGGAGGCCUUGGAAGACUACGCAGAAAAGGUCAAAGUCAUUGCGCUCUACGACUUUUUUGCUAGAGGACCCUCUGAUUUAACACUCAAGAAGUCGGAAGAAUACAUUAUCCUUGAAAAGUAUGAUCCUCACUGGUGGAAGGCACGAGACCAGUACGGGAAUGAAGGUCUAAUUCCCAGCAACUACGUAACUGAGAACAAGCAAAACAAUAUAGAAACGUACCAGUGGUACUGCAAAAACAUAAACAGGAGCCAGGCAGAACUUCUAUUACGGCAGAAGUCCAAAGAAGGCGCGUUUGUGGUCAGAGAUUCGAGCCAACAGGGAUUUCUCACGCUGUCCGUGUAUUCGCGGUCUAAAGGAAGUCAUAGCGGAGACAUCCGACAUUACCAAAUUAAGAAAAACCACCUGGAACAAUAUUAUGUGGCAGAAAAAUAUCUCUUUUCAUCUAUUCCUGAACUCAUCCAGUAUCAUCAACAGAACGCUGCAGGGCUCAUCACUCGACUCCGGCAUCCGGUUGGAUCACUGGGAUGUUCUUCACCAGCAACAGCAGGGUUUAGUUACGAGGAGUGGGAAUUAAACCCAUCUGAGCUGACGUUCAUGAAGGAGCUUGGGCGCGGGCAGUUUGGAGUCGUUCAGCUGGGUAAAUGGAAAGCAAGCAUCAAGGUUGCCAUCAAAACAAUCCACGAAGGUGCAAUGUCUGAAGAUGAUUUCAUUGAGGAGGCCAAAGUGAUGAUGCACCUAUCCCACCCGAAGCUGGUCCAGCUUUACGGAGUGUGCACGCACCACAGGCCCCUCUACGUCGUGACCGAAUUCAUGGAAAACGGCUGCCUCCUCAACUACCUCCGGCAAAGACGAGGGAAGCUCAGCAGAGACGUCCUGCUAGGCAUGUGCCAGGACGUGUGCGAAGGGAUGCAGUAUCUAGAAAGAAACAGAUUUAUUCACCGUGAUUUAGCUGCACGAAACUGUUUAGUCAACGCUAGACACAUUGUUAAAGUAUCUGACUUCGGGAUGGCAAGGUAUGUCAUUGAUGAUGAAUAUAUCAGCUCUUCAGGUGCCAAGUUUCCAAUCAAAUGGUCAUCUCCUGAAGUCUUUCAUUUCAAAAAAUAUAGCAGCAAAUCAGAUGUCUGGUCAUUUGGUGUACUGAUGUGGGAAGUUUUCACAGAAGGCAGAAUGCCUUUUGAAAAUAAGUCAAAUUCUGAAGUUGUCCGUGAGAUUUCUGAGGGUAACCGACUUUAUCGACCGUAUCUAGCAUCACAUGCUGUGUACAAAGUCAUGUACAGCUGCUGGCAUGAGAAACCGGAAGGACGUCCUACUUUUGCAGAGUUGCUAGAGACCCUGACAGAUAUAACGGAGAUGGGAUAAUCAGAGGUUUUACACAAGAAUUUUCUUUUUUUCCUGAAAGGUUAGCAUUAAGCCUCUCAAUGCAGCUGAUGAUACACAAAAAUCUCAGUCUUUUACAGCCUUUCUACUUCAAUCACAGUAACUGCAUCCUACAAAAUGAAGCAGCUGUUUAGGCUUGACCUAAUUUUAUUUUAGUCAUUUGGGAACAUAUCUCAGAAGACUGGUUUUGGACUAUAAAGCUAUUUGUUUUCAAGUCCAGGGAGAAAAGUCUCCUGUUUGAAAAGAAGUAACCAAACUUACUCACCACAUAGGCCUUUUCAUUUAUUUUUUUUAAUCAGAGCUACACUAAUUCCUGUAAUAAUAAGAACCGAUUCGUUACUGGCUCGUGGACUGGGGAAUACAAUGACAGCAAAAAUGAUGUGAGAACCUCCGAUAAAGCUCUAAAUAGGGCGAGUCUAAAGCCGAGACCUUUUUCACGGCGAGGCAGGCGGCACUGAAGCAAAGCACCGGCAUGGCAGCGGCAGCGAGCUGUCUGACUGGCCGUCGGAGCAAAAUCCCACGUUUGCCCUCGAUGGGCGCCCAGGAUUGCUGCCCGAUGAGCCAAAGCUGGAACCUGCCAGUAAAAUGAAGUGAAUUCCUCUAGCUCAGAUACGUUCUCUAACACCUGACUUGCAUCAGGUCUUGUAACCCAGACUUGCAUUACUUUCACGUUUCAUUUUUUUAUCUGAAUUUUGAUCAAUACAAAAAUAUUAUAGAGAAGAAGAGGCACAUGAAGUUAGUUAUUAUUUAAUAUGAGGGUUAGGCCACUACCAAUAAAUAGUUUCUUAAUAUAUGGUUGCAUUAUGACUUACUUAUAAACAUAUGCAUAUUUGAUUUUAUAGCAUUUUAUAGACAAAAUGCUUAAAACUGACUAGCUGAAGAAUGAACAAAUUCGGUACACCUUAAUUUUACUUUUUCCCCAUUUCCAAAUUUAAAAAAAUAACUGCAACAAUAAAAUGAAAUAUCUAAAUCUUCCCAAAUUUUGAAUUUCCAGGAGAUGACAGCAUCUCUAGGUCAAAUUCUCUCUAGGUACAGUAACUAUCAAAAGGUGAGUUAUUAAUCCCUUUAGAAAGGAAACUCUUAUUUGUAUCAUUUAAUUUUUUGGAGUACUUUCAAAUACAGUUUUAAAGCAUUUCUGCUUCAACUGAAACAUAGUAUCUUCAUCCUUUCUUGUAAUCUACUAAAAGAAUUUUUGCUCACUGGUGGCACUACUUGCUUUUUUAAGUGACUUAUUCACUUACGAGCAUUCAAUUCCAUUAGACCUAUGACUGAAAACAGAUUUAUCCGAUG